AUGACAUUCUCGACGAUGUUCCUCCUCAAUCUCUUUGACCUGCUCUCCGCUGCUCCUCACCACCGUCUUCAUACGCGGCGCCAUGAGAAAGUUAUUCGGUCGCACUUUGAGCGAAAGAAUAAUGGGCGUGAUUUUCACGAGGGCCACUCCGCUUCGUUUUGGGACUGGCGUUCUGUUGAAGAGGAUCUUCGGGCACGAAACUUCGAUGCCGGCGGAUGUAGACGACCUCGUACUCAUCGACUUGUGACGAAUUGUCCACGCCGAAUGUCCGUCCCAACUCGUCGACAUUCAUCAACGUGUGCAAAGUGCGCAACAACUAAUACAGAAAAGUUUGAGGCCUCAGUCAACCAUCACAAACGGAACAAGAAAUUUAAUUUGUGCUUGUGCUGUUCUUGACCCUGUCACCAGCAACAAGCCCUCAUCGCUUGG